AUGAGUAGCUCUUGGAUAACCGUCCUAUCCCUCCUGUGUUCCUUUCAGUUAGCUGCUUCUACCCUUGCCCGGGACACGCCGAAUCCUUCAACGUCGGUGUCAGCGGACGCAGCAAAGAGUCUGACAUCGCCAUUCUCAACAACGACUAAUCCGAGCUCAACAAGCACCUCUCCAGCAAGCAAAACAAGCUCGGUGCCUCCGCAGACACACACCGUUUCGGUUGGCAAUGGAGAUCACAAGUUCAGGCCUGAAGUUGUACAGGCUGUCGUCGGCGAUACGGUAGAAUUCAAUUUCUACCCGCAAAACCACAGUGUCGUCCGCGCGGAGUACGAAUUCCCAUGUAUUCCAUAUGAGAUGACGGGCGAAGGGAAGCAAGGCUUCUUCUCGGGGUUCCAGCCCGUCGAUGCGGUCUUGGAUGAACCCCCAAAAUGGUCCAUCGAAAUCAACGACACCUCUCCCGUCUUCUUCUACUGUAGUGCUCCAGGGUCGUGUAUCACAUACGGCAUGGUCGGCGUCAUCAACCCCAACGCCACCACCUCUCUCGCCUAUCAACGCCAACUCGCCCAAGACUCCGCCUUCCAGCUCAAUCCCGGUGAACCCUUCCCCGCUGAAUCCCCCUUGCCCAGCAACCUCCCCAGCUCCACCUCGAUUCCCACAGCCCACGUCCGACCCCCGCGCUCCGGCAAGCUCUCUGCCGGCGCAAUCGCGGGCAUCGCAAUAGCCUGUGUCGGGGUCGUCGUGCUGGCCGCGCUGUUAUUCUGGUUCUGGGGCCGCUUCAAGGGACUGAACGAGGAGAUGCAGCGCAAAGACUCCACCAUCCGCCACACGUCUCCCCGCUCGCCUACCUUCUUCGGCUCUGCCCAUCCUCACCCCUCUCACUCCUUGCCGGCAUACUCGCAAACCCCGCUCUCCCAAAACCCCGGUAUACCACCCGCGUACUUCGGCACGCCCUCAGCCACGCCAACACCGGGUUACGCAUCCCCAUGCCCAGCUCCUAACCACCACCACGCCCCGCCCUCCGACUUCUCCUCCCACAGCAGCAACAACAACAGCAACCGCGUCAGCCGCGCAGCCAGCCACCGCAGCGUCGGCGGCACCUUCGACAUCAGCCCGACGACAGGCUACUACACGCGCACGCACGAGGGCCAGGAUAGCUAUAAGUAUACGGCGCCGCAUACGAGCGAUAUGACGAGUCCCGUGGAUCCGAACCUUAUUCCUGUCGGCCCGUAUGGGAGGCAGAUGAUGGAUUUGCAGCGGCUGAAUCGGUCUUCGAACGGCGAACUAGGAGUAGGAGCACACGCGCCGGGAUACUUCGAGACUGCGGCCGGGACCGGCAGGCCAACGCCGCAAUAUCAUGUAAACCAGGGGCAGGCACCCGUGGAAAUGGACGACACCAGCGUACCGCCGCCCGCUAGGUUUUUCUAA